AUGAGACGCUCCAAGAGCAACCCAGCCAAGUAUGCGCGGAAUUACCGUUCUAUAUCCCAGCGGCAAAUGACGGCCUUUGAUCAUUUGGAUGAAGAACAGGAAAUGAAACGGCUGCAGACCGUCUUGAAGAAUUCCAAGAAUCACUUGAAGCAACACAAUGUGGGCGACGACAGCAGUGAUGAUGACGAUGAUAUUAAACAAAACAAGAAACGGAAAUUGACCAGCCGCCAGGAGAAACAGCCAGAAACAAACAGCAAAGACAAUGAAAAGAAGAAUGAUGACAGUGAUGACGAAUUUGAAAGGGCAAAAGCCAUGUUGAAAAACUCGACAGCUCAUAUACCGAGUCUCGAUAAUAAGACAACAACAUUAGAGAAUGGGGAACCAUCCAAAGAUGCCAUGAUUCUGAAACCCAAAAAGAACCGAAAACGGAAUCGCAAUCAAGUGGCUGCCAUACAAGCAGAAGAUUCGAUAACAACUAGCCUACCUGGUCAAGAAAAAGAAAAAGAAAAGACAAAACAAGGCAAACAUGAUGCGCCAGCCAACGACAAGAGCAAUGGCACUCUGAAUGAAGUGCUGUUGUCGGAGGAAUUCAGGGCCGAACAUCAAAACGACAAUAGUGUGGAAAAUCCUCUCGUAGUGUUCUCCAAAAAGAAGAAGAAAAAGACCAAACAACAAAAAGUCGUCGAAUUGACACCCCAAGAAAUCAAAGACGCCAAGCAACUGCAGAAAAAGACGGAACGCAAACUCAAACAGCUGGCUAUAAGAGCAACACAAAAGAAAAAGAGGGCUGAACUCUACGAAAAAUUGCAAAAAUCGGCCAUUAGUGCCGAAGAGUUUAAACUCAUGGACUCGUCGUCCACUUUGGGAAAGAGAGUCUCCAAAAAGGAACAGUUGAAGAAACUAUUGCAAAAAGAACGGGCUGGCAUGAAACUUACCGAAGAGGAACGAGAUUUGUUGUAUCGCGACCGGAAACCCACGGAUGAUAAUGACAGCAGUAGUAGUAGUAGCAGUGAUGAAGAAGACUGCGAUAAUAACCAGCCCAAGACGGAUGAGAUUUCGCGAACAGUGAGGCAAAAGAAGAAGAAAAAGAAACAAAAGACGCAACACCAAGAGUCUGACAAAAAGAAUCAGGAUGCCGGUGAUGACAGUGGCGACAAUAACCAGAACGAGAAGAAUAACGCCUCUGCAAAGCCCGCCGAGAGCAGCAAUCCAGCAAAGUCAUUUGCCGCUCAAAUGAUGGCAUCCUUGACCUCGUUAAAGGUAUCCAGCGAGAAGCAAAAGGAGGAAAACGACAAGAAGAAAGAGCAAGAAGAGGCUGAACGCCAGCGCCGUGAAGAAGAACGCUUGAGAAAGGCUUCGGAAGGGGCCAAGCCUUACAAAGUCACAAAUCCCAUUGUCAUUCAAACGGCAGCUACCAACAAGAAACUUCAGGUACACCAGCUGCCCGAAAGCAAUCGCAGAGUGAUACAAGUCAACCGUCCCAAAGAGGUCCAAGAAACACGGUACGAUUUGCCAGUAACGCAAAUGGAGUUUGAAGUCAUGGAUGCCAUCAGGAACAACGAUGUCACCAUUAUAUGUGGGGAGACAGGAUCAGGAAAAUCAACGCAGGUUCCUCAGCUUUUGUAUGAAUCAGGCUUUACUCUAGGUUCGUCACCAAAGAGCACGUCAAAGGAAGGCACGGAUGGUACUCCCAAGUUCAUGAUUGGCAUAACCCAGCCCCGACGAGUCGCGGCUGUCUCGACCGCAAAGAGAGUUUGUUAUGAAAUGGGCCAGGGCGAUGGGAAAAGUAUCAAGUCAACAAAGCGAUCAAAAGGCAACCUGGUGGCUUACCAAACGCGUUACGAGACAGCUGGCCUCGGAGAAAACACUGGCGCAAAGUUCAUGACGGAUGGUAUUCUGCUGCAAGAGAUUCAAUCAGAUUUGCUCCUCCGCAAGUAUUCAGUCAUUGUGCUUGACGAAUGUCACGAGCGCAAUCUCAACUGCGACAUUCUGUGCGGCCUCAUUGGAUUGGCACUGCCGCUGAGGAAGAAAGCUUCUGAAGAACCUGGCUCGGACAUUGUUCCACUAAAGUUGGUUAUCAUGAGUGCGACACUUCGAGUGGAUGACUUUGUCGGGAAUCAAAAGCUGUUCCCUACGACGACCCCUCAUGUUCUGAAAGUUCCCGGUCGCACAUUUCCUGUCACCAUCCAUCAUAGCAAAGUGACCGAGCUGGAUGAUUAUGAGGACGCGGCAUUCCAGAAAGUGUGCAAGAUCCACAGAAAGCUUCCGCAGGGCGGGAUCUUGGUAUUCCUGACGGGCAAGCAAGAGAUUGUUAGAAUGGUUAAUCGGCUGCGGAAAGCUCUGGGUCGACGGAAGAAAACGACAAAUGAGACGCAUUUUGUUGGCAGCAACGAUGUUCCUGUCUCGCGCACCGACAUUACUUAUUCCAGCGAGGGAGGUCUCCGCGACUUGGACGACGACGAAAUCGAUGGUGACAUGUUCCAAUCCAAAGACGAUGAUUACGACGACUAUGCCGAGGACGACGAGCAACUUCCUUUGGGUACUGCUAGCAGCGACGACGCAGAUCGCAAUGGCGACAAUCUGCCAAAGGACGUGAUCGUCUUACCGUUGUAUUCAAUGCUGUCAGCUGAAGAGCAGGCAAAAGUCUUUGCAGCGGAGCAAGAAGGACACCGUCUUAUUGUGGUAUCCACCAACAUCGCGGAAACUUCGAUUACCAUCCCUGGAAUCAGUUAUGUUGUCGACACAGGGCGUGAAAAGUGCAAGAAUUAUGAUGCGAAAACUGGUGUGGCCUCAUUCGACAUAUCUUGGAUCAGCAAGGCGGCUGCGAAUCAAAGAGCUGGUCGCGCUGGGAGAACUGGUCCGGGGCAUUGCUAUCGCUUGUAUUCGAGUAGCAUGUUCUCGCGCCACAUGGACGAAUUUGCCUUACCUGAGGUCCUAACCAGACCUCUCGAAGACGUUGUGCUUGCUAUGAAAGCAAUGAAGAUCUCGAAUGUCUCAAAAUUCCCGUUCCCAACCCCUCCCGCGGAAAGUCUGAUUGAAUCCGCAACAAGGUUGCUUUCGAAUCUUGGAUGCGUCAAUCUUGAAGAAGGUAAGGACUUGCAAGACGACGGAGAAGUCACCCACCUCGGGUCAGCAAUCGCAACAUUGCCCCUUGGAGUUCGAUGCGGUAAGAUGCUCCUUGUUGCUGCGCAUGCUGGUGUCCUUGACUAUGCCAUUGCUGUGAUAGCGGCGCUGUCGGAAAAGAACCCAUUCCUGAGGGGAGAAGAACUUGUGGAAGAAUCCAAAGAUCAGGUUGACAAUGAUGAAGCAAACUCAUCCAAUGAUGACGGCGCCGACGCGGCGAAGGGGGAGAAACGAAAGGCUAAAUGGAUGCAUAAGUCUGGGGAUGUUUAUGCAGUGAUGCUGGCAAUUGGGGCAUAUACGUAUGCUGGCAAGGGAGCUGGAGGGACCUCAGAGAAGGUGGCUUGCAAACGGUUCUGCCAGGAGAACAGAUUGAACCCUGUCAUCAUGGAAAGAAUCCAAAAGAUCAGGGUGCAUCUUUCCAGGCUUGUCAAGACUCGUAUGGCAGGAGCAGAUGGUGUGGCAGCCAAAACAGGAAAGAUACCCCAUUCGAUGAAGCCCCCAAACAAACUCCAGGAACGCCUCUUGCUGCAAGUCAUUGUCAGUUCAUUCCUCGACAACGUGGCAAUGCUGGCUCCGAUUGGGACGAUUCCUGGAUCACACCCUUUCAGCCUUCGAUCUGCUUAUCUAAGCUGUUCGUCGUCUUUGAAGGAGCCAUUGUUCAUCGACCGAAACAGUGUGCUGUACUCAAGGGAUUCGAGGCGACUGCCCAAUUGGGUUUGUUACGACUACCUUGUGCGGAAGAAUUUGAAAGACGGGACACCCAUAGCUUCGAUGAAAAACGUCACACCCGUGGACCCGUCGUGGCUGGGUUCUCUAGCCAAGGGUAGCAAUCUGCUGACGACAGGCGGCCCACUCCCUUCUCCUCGGCCAACAUAUGAUCCCGACCGUGACCAAGUCAUGUGCUCCGUCGAAACAAGAUUUGGCAACCAAAAGUGGGAAAUCACCCCGAUGAAGCUGCCAAUGUACGACCUGCUAAGGGCACCUGAAGCCAAGAACACCGUGCACUACCAGCCAGCAGAUUCCUUUCGAUACUUUGCGAGGUUCCUCUUGGAAGGGAAAGUUUUCAAGGAUCUGGAACAGCUAAAAGCUUUCCUGAACGACGAUCCUUCCAUCAUGACCAGCAAGACCCCCGUCGCAAAGGCCGGUGGGUCAAACCUCAGCACGCGUUGA